GUGAUUGUGCGUCUUUCUCUGUGUGUGUCUGCAGUCUGUCUGAGGAUCAGAUUUAACAGGACUUUGACUGCAGGAGGAAGAUGCAGUUGAUGCUGCUGCUCCUCUUACUCGCUUCCCAGCAUGCCUCAGCAGUGGAGGUGUAUGAGGGGGUGGAGUCUGUGCGUCUGCCCUGUCACGUACCAGCUGAUGUUGCCCUGGAGUCCACAGCAGCAGUGUGGGACCGAGAGGACCUUAACAUCAAAAUAGUUCACGUGCGUCUGCGGAGCAGUGAUGAUUUUAAAGAACAAAGUAUUCGUUACACCAACCGAACAUCAAUGAGAGCCGACGCUCUGCAGACUGGAGACCUCAGCCUCACUCUGAGGAACCCUACAGUCUCUGACAGUGGAACCUACAAAUGCACUGUCCGAAAAUAUGGACGAGAUCAGAGCAAGACUUAUGUAGACCUCAAGAUCACAGUACGUCCUCCUCCAGUCUGGCCCAUAGUUCUCUUUGCUCUUCUGGUUCCUGUGGUUCUCCUGGCUGCUGCCUUUGGUGUCUUCAUGUAUCCCAGAUAUAAAAUGUUGAAGAUGAGAAAAGAGUACCAGCUGGAGAUGGUGGAGGUGACACAGGGGAAGGAGUUUGUUCUGCUGCCCUUUAAAAUCAAAGAAGGCUUCACCCAGGAUGUCAAAGUGGAGUGGAAACACAAAAACAAGAUGGUCCAUGAGUAUCAGAUUGGUAAAGACCAGUGUCACUUAAAGGGCCAAGAUCAGAAACAGCGCACUGAGAUGAAGAAAGACCCACUGAACACUAAAGACCUCAGUCUGACCCUGAAAGACCUCCACCUCACUGACAGUGGAGUCUACACCUGCACCAUCUACAACAAGGAUGGACACAUGCUGCUACGGAAAUCAGUGACUCUCAGUGUCAGAGUUCCUGAGGUUCAGAUGGUGGAAACAGUUAAAGGGGUUCAGUCUGUCCUGCUGCCAUUUACAACUGAUAUCAAGCUUCAGGACGUCACAGUGGAGUGGAAACAUGAAGACAGGAAAGUUCCACAAGGACGAGCAGAGAUGAAGAAAGACCCACUGAGAACUGGAGACUUCAGUCUGACUCUGAAAGACCUCCACCUCACUGACAGUGGAGUCUACACCUGCACCGUCUACAACAAGGAUGGACACAUGCUGCUACAGAAAGCAGUGACUCUCAGUGUCAGAGACUACCAGUCAGUAGUGGUGGAGGUGACACAAGGUCAGAAGUCUGUCCUGAUGCCGUUUAAAAUUACAGGUGAGCUUCCUCAGGUGAUCAAAGUGGAGUGGAAACUCACUCACCCUGAAGAAAAGAUGGUUCACUGUAACGACAGCAGUCAGAAACAGGAUCAGGUUUAUGUAGGCCGCACUGAGAUGCCUCACUAUGACCUGAAAAGUAAAGACUUCAGUCUGACCCUGAAAGACCUCCACCUAACUGACAGUGGAGUCUACACCUGCACCGUCUACAACAAGGAUGGACACAUGCUGCUACAGAAAUCAGUGACUCUCAGUGUCAGAGUUCCUGAGGUUCAGAUGGUGGAAACAGUUAAAGGGGUUCAGUCUGUCCUGCUGCCAUUUACAACUGAUAUCAAGCUUCAGGACGUCACAGUGGAGUGGAAACAUGAAGACAAGAAAGUCCACGUUUAUCAGGGAGACCAAAACCAGUCUUACAUACAAGGUCGCACAGAAGUGAAGAACGAGCAAAUAAAAAAUGGAGACCUCAGUCUGACCCUGAAAGACCUCCACCUCACUGACAGUGGAGUCUACACCUGCACCGUCUACAACAAGCAAGGACACAUCUGGCUACGGAAAUCAGUGACUCUCAGUGUCAGAGUUCCUGAGGUUCAGAUGGUGGAAACAGUUAAAGGGGUUCAGUCUGUCCUGCUGCCAUUUACAACUGAUAUCAAGCUUCAGGACGUCACAGUGGAGUGGAAACAUGAAGACAAGAAAGUUCCACAAGGACGAGCAGAGAUGAAGAAAGACCCACUGAGAACUGGAGACUUCAGUCUGACCCUGAAAGACCUCCACCUCACUGACAGUGGAGUCUACACCUGCACCAUCUACAACAAGGAUGGACACAUGCUGCUACAGAAAUCAGUGACUCUCAGUGUCAGAGUUCUGCAGGUGGAGAUGGUGGAGGUGACCCAGGGGGAAAAGUCUGUCCUUCUGCCCUUCAGAAUCAAAGACAACCUGCCUGUGGAUGUAACUCUGCUGUGGAGACAUGAGAAUGUGACGGUCCACACGUAUCAGAGAGGCCAGAGUCAGCCUGACAUACAAGGGCGCACUGAGAUGAAGAAAGACCCACUGACAACUAAAGACCUCAGUCUGACCCUGAAAGACCUCCACCUCACUGACAGUGGAGUCUACACCUGCACCGUCUACAACAAGGAUGGACACAUGCUGCUACAGAAAGUAGUGACUCUCAGUGUCAGAGGAGACAAUAAAACUACCACAACUCAGGCUGCCGAAAAUCAACAUACAAAGAAAUCCACAGGACGUCUGACGAGUUCCACAGAAAGGAAAAAAUAAAAACCCCAAUUCCUCUGGUGGUAAAACAUGAUGAAGAGGAGCUGGUGGAUGAAGAGCAGAUGACGAGCAGAUGAAGAGCAGACCCUCUGCUUUUUGUG